AAGAACAGAAACCUUAUUCUACAUUGGUAUAACCUCGUUUCUUUUCAGAGAACUUAAGAUAUAUACAAAGAAGAAAAUGCUACAAAUCGUUUGGAAUACAGUGUGACAAGAGUUGUAUAGUAUAGUCGUAUAGUCGGCUUAUCUCGCUUAAUAAUAACACGCAUGAAAAAUGCGUAAUGCUAUCUUGAAUUCAUUGUGCACCGAGAUCAUCCGUACCGUUCGCAAUGCAAAACUUUUCAAGCCGCAAAGGAAGUGGACGUAUUCGUCGAGCAGGCGUUUCUCCAACGAAGCGACAUCCGACGUGGAGUACGAUGUUCCGGUCGAAGCCAUCCGUAACUUUAGUAUAGUCGCGCACGUCGACCACGGUAAAAGUACAUUAGCGGACAGACUGCUGGAAUUAACGGGGGCUAUAAAGGCAAACUCUGGCAAGCAGGUCCUGGAUAAUCUGCAGGUGGAAAGGGAACGCGGUAUCACUGUGAAAGCGCAAACGGCAUCGCUAUUUCAUUCGUAUCGGGGCAAGAGGUACCUUCUAAAUCUCAUCGACACACCCGGCCAUGUGGACUUUUCGGCGGAGGUCCAUCGAUCGCUGGCUCCCUGUCAAGGGGUCGUCCUGCUGGUCGAUGCUAACGAUGGUGUCCAAGCGCAAACGGUGGCCAAUUAUUAUCUAGCGCGAGAGAAGAAUCUUGUGAUAAUACCGGUGAUCAAUAAAGUGGACCUGAAGAACGCCAAUCCGGAGAAGGUCAAGGAACAGUUGCAAAUAUUGCUCGAUACGGAUGAAGUGGAUGUUAUUAAAAUAUCUGCCAAGCUGGGCACCGGUGUCGAUCAAGUUCUGGAUGCUGUAGUCGAGAGAAUUCCGCCGCCGACGGUGGCCAGAGAUCAGCCCUUCCGAGCACUGAUAUUCGACAGUUGGUACGACAAGCAUAAAGGGGCAAUCUCUUUAAUUUAUGUCAAGGAUGGAUCGUUGUCGGUCGGCAAACAAAUUAGUUCCGCACAUAUGAAGAAAUCGUACGAAGUGCGAAAUAUCUUUCUUCUCAGACCUCAUGCAGAAAAUGUGAAGACAAUAUUUGCUGGACAGGUAGGCGCUGUCUCGUGCAACAUGAAGUCUAAGGAGGCUCACAUCGGCGACACUUUACAUCUGCGAAAUCAGUCCGUCGAGCCUUUGGAAGGAUUCAAACCACCAAAGCCAAUGGUGUUUUCGGGUGUGUAUCCGAUGGAUCAGUCGCAAUUCGUCUCUCUGCAAGCAGCUAUCGACAAGCUUGCCUUAAACGACAGCGCUGUAAAUGCCACUUUAGAGUCAAGCGCUGCGCUUGGAAGGGGAUGGCGAAUUGGUUUUCUAGGCCUGUUACAUAUGGAAGUCUUUAUUCAGCGUCUCGAACAGGAAUAUGGGGCGCAGCCGAUAGUUACGGCACCCGCGGUGACGUACAAAGCAAAGAUCUUGGGCAGCAAAAAUAUAACGAAGUAUCAAGGCGACACGGUGAUCUUUAAUAAUCCGGUGCAUUUUCCGGACCCCCAGAUUGUUAGCGAAUUUUACGAGCCUAUGAUAAUCGCAACCAUCAUUACGCCAGAUACGUACGUGAGAGAAAUUAUGUCCCUUUGCCGAGAAAAGCGAGGAGUUGAGAAACUGACCAAGACCAUUGGCGGUGACAGACUCAUGUUGCAAUACGUGAUGCCAUUGAACGAGGUGAUUCUUGACUUUCACGAUUGCUUAAAGAGCAUGAGUUCCGGUUAUGCUAGUUUCGAUUAUGAGGAUUAUGAUUAUGAGCCGGCUGACAUAGUGAAGUUGAAUGUUCUGCUAAAUGGAAAAUUGGUAGAAGAAUUAUGCACGAUUGUACAUAGAUCGAAAGCAUCCGAGACGGGCAAGAAGCUAUGCGUCAAGCUUCACGAAACCAUUCCUCGGCAGCUUUUUGAAAUAGCGAUUCAAGCGGCAGUGGGGGCUAAAGUACUCGCGAGAGAAACUUUAAAGCCCUACAAAAAGGACGUGACAGCAAAAUUAUACGGCGGUGAUGUUACUAGAAGGAAAAAAUUGCUGGCGCAGCAAGCGGAGGGGAAGAAGAAAAUGAAGAUGAUAGGAAAGAUUUCCCUACCACGGGACACUUUUAUAAAUAUAUUAAAAAGAUAACAGCAAUUUUGUAUUUAAUAUAAACCUAUUAUUGCGACAAAAUAAUAACGAACUAUGAAACAGUUCUGUAUGAAAUGUU